CGCUAAAACAACUUGAAAGUGGUUCCAUACAUCUGUUGAGAAUUAAGAUGUCAAGUACGGGUGAUGAUGCAGCUGUGACUCCAGCCGAUAUUGCUCAGCGGCUAUACGAACGCAUGCCCAAUCUGAUUACAAACUCUGACAUGGAUGCCGAGAUGUUUAUGGAAUUGAUGUCCUUGAAAAAGGAUCAAUACAUCCAUGAUACACAGGCAUAUCGAUCACGCGACUGGGAGGGUCCGCACCAGGAUGAAGUGUGGGUUGACUGGGUAGCAAAGGCCAUGAAGGCCUUUUCCGCCAAGCUAACAGCGAAGGAGAAUCAACCACUGUGUGACAAAGAAAUAGAACCUGUAAUAGAGGAAAUUUGCAGUAUAUACGAUGGCGUGAGAAAUUUAGUGAUAAGCGACAAUAUACUGCAGCGAGUGCAGGAUGCGGGUCAAAAGGACAAAAUAUCGCCGGAAGAGGCUGGGAGUUCAUAUCAAAGUGGAGGGGAAGGUGUGUGGUGA